UGGGCCGGCCGGGGCGGGGGAUCCCGGAGGCUCCGCGCCGUGCGGCUGGAAGCACCGGGUUCCGGGAGCGGGCGCCUGUCUCUUUAAGCGCCAGGGGCUGCGCUCCCGCCCGCCCGGGGAGCCCGGAGCCGGAUCUGCAAUCCCGUCCCUCCCGCUCCGGCGGCGCUUGUUGCUUGCGGGAGCUGCCACCGCCGCCCGGCCGGGUGGCCGAGCGCCUUCUUUCUCCUUCUCCUCCUCCUCCUCGCGCCACACCUCCCCCGGGAGCCGGAGGAGGGGGCACAGCCACCCCAGCAGGAGGUUCGGGGUGAACAGGCAUUGCCCCCUCCCCCCCUCCACCUCCAAGUCCCGGGGCGCUAAGAAGCCGAGGGGGCAAGACAUGCGGCGCUCCCCGCCGUCCAGCUCCGCCGCCGCCCGCGCCGGGAGAGGAGGGACCGGGGAGCACGCACCUGCAAACUCGCCCUAGAAGUCUCGGGGUGCAGCCACCCCACGGACUCCACCUCUUGGCGGUGGUGCCAGCCCCUGCGCGGGCACCGGUGCCCAUGAGCCCGGUGGUGGUUUCGCUUUCUCCCCCCAUCCCGGCGGCGUGAACCCGUGGUGUCCGCAGCAGCGUGAUGGGCAACCAGGUGGAGAAGCUGACCCACCUAAGUUACAAGGAAGUUCCCACGGCCGACCCGACCGGCGUGGACCGGGACGACGGGCCUCGCAUCGGGGUCUCCUACAUCUUCUCCAACGACGACGAGGAAGCCGCCGAGUCGCAGCCGCCGCCGCCCCAGGGUCCCCCGGAGGGCGGGGGCUCGCCCCAAGGCGAUGUGGACGGGCCCCCGCCGCAGCCCUACGACCCCCGGCUGCACGAGGUGGAGUGCUCCGUGUUCUACCGCGACGAGUGCAUCUACCAGAAGAGCUUCGCGCCGGGCUCCGCCGCGCUGAGCACCUACACGCCCGAGAACCUGCUCAACAAGUGCAAGCCCGGCGACCUGGUGGAGUUCGUGGCCCAGGCGCAGUACCCGCACUGGGCCGUGUACGUGGGCAACUUCCAGGUGGUGCACCUGCACCGGCUGGAGGUGAGCCACAGCUUCCUGACCGACGCGAGCCAGGGCCGGCGCGGCCGCGUGGUGAACGAGCUGUACCGCUACAAGCCGCUCAGCCCCGCCGCCGUGGUGCGCAACGCGCUGGCGCACGUGGGCGCCAAGGAGCGCGAGCUGAGCUGGCGCAACUCGGAGAGCUUCGCCGCCUGGUGCCGCUACGGCAAGCGCGAGUUCAAGAUCGGCGGCGAGCUGCGCAUCGGCAAGCAGCCCUACCGCCUGCAGAUCCAGCUCGCGGCCCAGCGCAGCCACACGCUCGAGUUCCAGAGCCUGGAGGACCUGAUCAUGGAGAAGCGGCGCAACGACCAGAUCGGGCGCGCCGCGGUGCUGCAGGAGCUCGCCAUGCACCUGCACCCGGCCGAGCCGGAAGAGGGCGACGGCGACGAGGACGCUGCGCGGACUAAGCCGCCUCUCGAGCGCCCCCCUGAGCCCUGCUGGGAGGAGGAGGAGGAGGACCGAGUGGCGGUGGUGCACUGAUGGGCCGGCUGGAUGCAGAUCUGUGAGAGGAAGCUGCUGCCAGCAGCCCGCUGCCCCUUCUCUCCAUUCCUCUACCUUCACCUUCUGGGCCCCAUCUGGGCUCCUGGGCCGUUUGGAAAAUAGAGAGUUGGCGAAAGGCGUAGCCAGCUGUGGCUUGAGCUUGUUAUUCUUGACAGAGGAGGAGGAAGAGGGUGCAGGUAGGAAGAAAACUUUGGUUGGGGGCAUGGCUUGCCCACUCUUGCAAUCUGUCUUCUUUCUGAGGUGGGGCACAUUGUGGACAUGCCUGACGCUAAGUCCCUGCUGGACCUGGCUCCAAAAUCCACCCUUUUUAUGCACACCGGGGUGGAGAGAAGUUCCGAGUACCAAGGCCUGCCAUUGCCCCCUACCCUGGGCUUGGAGGAUGCCCUGUCCUAAGGCCAGAGUGGGGUUGUGGCCAGCAGAGAGCCCCAUAUCCUCUGUCCCUGUGGAGCUGUGUGUGGGAUCCAGGAGGCUGAGCGGUUUGUUUUACGGGACUCCUGGGAUGCAAGCCUGGAGAAACCAGGACCAGCUUCUGGGAGCAACAGACCAAAAACCCAGCUGCUGCCUGUGAAGCGGAACAAAAUGUCCAGUAAACUUGGGCUACAAGACAAAGAGUUUGCUACCUCCCUCCUCCCCGGCCCCACGUAAUUCAUCUCUGGAGCUGGCCGAGCCUCCUACCCCCGCCUGCUCCACCAGCCACUGCCCGGGUUAUAAGUAAAUCAUUGUCAUGGGCCGGCCAGGGGAAGCAUUCAAUUAUGGCUCUGUUUGGCCGCCUUUGUUUCUAGCCUGGGAUUGUAGGCAUUUACAGCUGUGUUCCUCAUUUACAGCUGUGUUCCUCGUUAUCCACGGAGGGAAUAGCCUUUUGUGUCUCUGAUCUAAUUAAACCUGCUCAGGCUGUGUUCACCCGCAGGCCGCACCUGGGAUUGGCUGGUGCUGGCCACCCCAUAAAGUGUCCACUACAGAAGCAGCCAAACAGGUUUGUCCUGGCAGGAAUUAGCCAAUCACUCCCACUGAACCCCGUUCCUGAACAAGGAAGGUGACCUUUUUAAAAUGUAAGGCUUUCUCAUUUUUGUUCUUCUGCUGUUAAAAUCUUAGGCCCGAGGCAAACUUCAGCGAUAAGAUAUUUAUUUUGGCAGCGACACCUGAUACACACCUAGUUCAAAAGUCUUUUAAUGUGGAAGCAGUCUCCUGGGUGCUGGGAGAGGACACCCCUUCAGAAUGCCUUCCCCAGAGAGCUGACGGCAGUCACAAAUGCCACGUGGUGUAAGUCAGUGCCAACUCUGGCGACACUCCUAAAGCAUUGGUUCCUGAUUGUGGGCUCUGUUGGCAGCAGGCUGGCUAAUAAUACUCGUUGGAUCUCCUGCUGAGCACUGGUUUGCUUUAUGAUGAGGCUUUAAACAUUUUUUAAAAACCUG